ACAAGACGAUAGCAGCAGCAGCAGUGGCGAGGAUCAGUGGGUCGGAUUCGAAUUUGAAAUUCGUCAUUUCCAGUUCUGCAGCGUGUGCGACCACAACAGUUUUAUUCGAACUCGGACGAUAGCUGAUUUGUUUCAAGAUUGUCAUUCAGAUUUCAGUAUUUUUUGCGUAAUUUAAAGGGUGAUUUUUUGUUAGUUUGAGUGUUAUUAAGUUGUUCGUGAAAAUAUCGUGACCGAAUUCACUGAAAGGAAUUGCGUUGGUUGAAAAUUGAAAUCGAAACCAUCCAAGAUGGCCUUCGCUCUAUUGAGAAACUGUGCUCGCUCGUCGAUCCCGUUGCUGGAGCGAAAUUUUGCAGCGCUUACAACGAUCAACGGAACCAAUGCUUCUUUAAUCUCCCACCCACAAAAGAUCGAACAUACUAGCGUAGGACAACCGUUGUCCACUUUAUUGUCUACCAAUGUACGGAAGUACUCCAAAAAAGCUAGCCGUCCAGAACGAGCAUACGAGAGUGAUUCCGAUUCAGACUCAGACGGGGAACGAGAGACUCAUAACAAGAAGCAUGGCCAUCAUCGGGAGAGGGGCAACACCGACUUCUGGCGACGAAAAAUGCGCACACUGCAUGGCGUGUUGGACGUCAACAAUGACGGCGUCAUUUCCCACGAUGACUUUAUGCUGCUGACGGAAAAUUUCGCUACCCGGGGUCACUUGAACACAGCAGAGAAGGAAGAGUUCCGUGACAUCAUGAAGGCCACAUGGAUCCAACAGUGGGGCGAAAUCACGCCGUACAAUCUGGUCACGGUGGAGCAGUAUCUGGUCGACAUGCAUCACGUGGUCAACGAUAAGGACCUGCGCAAGAAGGUGCAUCGGUUUCUGCCGUAUCUGUACCGGGCGGUUGACAAGGACCACUCGGGAUCGAUUUCGCUGAACGAGUUCAAACUGUUCUUCCGCUGUUUGGGUCUCACAGAGGAGGAUGCCGCCGUGUCGUUUGCCGUAAUCGACAAGAACGGCGACGGGCAGGUAACGUUGGACGAGUUCCUGAAGCUGGGACGAGACUUUUUCCUCACCGAGCGGGAGGACAACGCUUCGCGACUCUUCUGGGGACCCCUGGUGGAGCAUUGACCGAACGAUAAUGGAUGGCUCUAGCAGAAGAUUGAAAUGCGGGUCGAAAUGUGGGAGCAAGUAGACAGUAAGAGUUUAAUAAGCAGUCUUUUCAUAGUGCUAAACAUAUACUGAAUAUAUUUUAGGGUAAGGAGUUGUUCGAUUUGUGAUAAUCAAAAUCAAUAACAUGGUAGAAUAAAGUCUUUGAUAAAAAUUA